UGUCGCUACGCACAUCAUGCACAGCAGUUGUUGGAGAACAUAUGCAUACGUAGCCCUACUCGGUCUUCUCAAGAGUCGAUUCCUUCGCCACUCUCGUGUGAAGCACCGACAGAUCGGAUAAUGGUCUUCUUCAAAUAAACACAUCGCACGCUUGGCUGGACGUCUCGAGCGCACGGGUAACCAACCGUCUGCAGCAAGACAGAAGCGGCGUGCCCUACAAGGGCGACUCAAGACUCUCCUCGUGUCCCUGCCAUGGUGUACCUGUAGACAGAACCAAAAUCGCACUUGUGCAUGGGAACAAAGUGAGCGCUCGAACACGAACGAUUGAGAAUCGGAAGAGGAGAGCAUGCCACCCCCGGACGGCACCACGGGUUACGGGACAGGGAUAUCGGACGAACAACAGCGGGCAAUCGUACUUGUCGCGCAGGCUUGUGCUUCUUUGUCAUUUCUGGGCUCUGCGGUUAUUGUCGUGGCCAACUUCCGCUUCAAGCAGCUCCGCACAUACUCGUUUCAGCUCGUGGUUUGGCUGGCGGUAUGCGAUCUCGCUGUCAACCUUAGCUUUUUCUUGGGUAGCCCCAGUUACGGAUCGGGGUUCUGCUACACUCAGGGCGUCUUGCAGUGGUUUUUCCAGGUUGCCCUUAUCCAAUGGACCCUUUUGAUUGCCCAGUCUUUGCUGGAGGUGUCCUCGAAGACACGCACAUUCGACAGCAACAAACGCAUGCCGUGGAACCAUCUCUGGGCGUGGGGCGUCUCAGCGCUGCUGUCCAUUGCACCGCUGGCAACAGGAUCCUUCGGAAGAACGGAGAGCUUGUUCUGUGGUGUCGAUAGCGGCGAUUCAUGGAACAUUGGGUCUCUCUGGAGAGCCAUAUUCUUGGUGGUGGUUCUCUUGUCUAUGGUUGUGAUCGUCUGGGCCUACGUUGAGGUGCUCAAAACGCUCGGCCGUGCGCAGAGAAACGUGUCCCGACUGUCUCUAGAAGCCACCACCAACCGCCACACGGAAGCUUCCUCCGUGAAACAACACCGAGAACAGCGGCAACGCCCGAAACCCCAUGGCGGGGCCUCGUUAGCACCGAUCAGCGCCAUGUCGAUACCUUCUAGUGCUAUUCCAGGCGCAAGUUUGCACGUGUCUCCAGACCAUCCCAAGAAAGACGUGAGCAAAAGCACAGUUGGGAAGGAGUCCCCGACGGAGCCCGAAAACAGCAGCUCGGCGCGGCCGAGGCCGCCGACGUCACCGAACAAGCGACUGGAGCGCAGUAACAGCUUGUGGAAGCGGAUGUUCCUGAGAAGUACUGAAGAAAGUGCCGAAGGCGAGCGCCGCGCCAACGGAUUAUCCACGCUUCCUUCGCAACAGCGCGACCAUGCCGAGCACAGCAGUAACUCCUCUGGUUCUUCGUGGCCCUUCACGCGCAGCAACAGCAACGUCAGCGUCAAAAACUGGCUGUGGAGUACCUCCCGCGAUGUGGGGUUCUACGGCGAUGACGAACCCCUCUACGAGUCGUCGUCAGAGGGAGAGGAAUGCAAGAGCGUCGUGUGGCUAAAUGGCAUGGCGGCGCCAGCCAAUCGGAGACUCUCGCUUGGAGCCGUGGCUGGCGGACCCAUACCCACAUCCCCGGAACGUCUGCCGGUGUUAAGGGAGACCGAACGAGGGAGCGAUGCCGGGCUGCCGGGCGUCGUCUCUGAGGUAAUGCGGGACGCUGGUGGUGCCAUCCACGACAGUAACAACUCUACGCGUACGGCCAUGAUAAAUUGGGAGCAGGUGCUCGCGAGACCGAGAGCCAUCGCCGGAAAGAAGUGUCCAUCCUCAGGGAAUGCUAGCAGCGAGAGCACGGAAGCGGCAGAAAGCCACAGAGUCAACACUGGCAGCCUAGCCAAAGCCAUGAUGGCGGUUCCGCAAGUGCCCAUGAAGUCACGCUUCGCUAAUGGGGUCGUCACCGUAAGGGGUUUCGUCAGCAGGAUGUCGAGCAUGGACACGGACUUUGGAGAUAUUGCGUGUGGGACGGCCCGCACCCGUAGCAGACUUACCGAAACCGAAAAGGAGGAGAGGGCGAGCGCAACAUUUUCAACAGCAGUACCAUUGGGUGCGCACGGUGGUAGGUCGCAGCACGUGCUGACGACUCACACUCCGGAGAUGGACAUGGACAGGUUCAUCUCGCGUAUCAAGUGGUACCCAGUGAUCUUCGUGCUUUGCUGGAUGUUCACGCUGAUCAACGGGAUCUACACACUAGCGGUGGGGCAGGCCAACGCCAGCUUCUUCUUGCUUCUCCUGGCUACACUCACAUCGAGACUUCAGGGUUUGCUGAACUUCAUCUGCUACGGCCUCAACGAUAAACUCAAGGAGGCGUGGUUGCAGGAUUUCCUGUACCGGAGGGCUGUGGCCUCUUGCUGCCGUGCACUCUGGUGCUGCUGCUUCCGCCCCUGCUACGGGAAUGACCAUGGUAAUGAUGAAGCUGAUCAAGCAAGGCAACCAAACUCCGUGGUAGAGAGGCCCCUCGCAUCGAAAGACCUCAACGAUGUCGCUCUCGUCGCCGAUGAAAUGGAGAAGGGAACUGCGGUGGAGCCGGCAUCUACACCUCCACCCAAUCCUUCAUCACCCGUCAUCUGCGAGACGCCGGCCAAAGCUGUUGUCAAGAAGACAUCGAUGGCAGCCUUUGCAACCCCGCGCCACAACUUGCGACAGGGUCAACUAGCGUUAGCCCCUGCACGGCCCGCCAGGCCUAGCCGCAAGGUUUCUUCUCUUGUGCAAAGCCGCAGCAGGAGGAGCCGCGCCGCAGCUGCCGGCAGGAGAAAGAAGUCGGGGAGCUCGACGGCGAGACGCGCUGUGGCGGCUGCGGGCGUGAGGCGUCAGCGGGAUGCUGUCAUGAGGCGUGCUCGGACCUCGUCACAGGGCGGUAUUGCAGUUACCGGCAACCUUCGUGCCAGAAAGACGCUACAGCAGCGUGACAGGGCCCGCGCAAGACGCCACGAGCUUAUGCGGCAGAGGCCAAGCGGAUCUGAUUUUGGCAGAAAACGCCUCGAAAAGACCCUGGCUUCUACUCCUACCGCUACUACUGUAGACCUGGCGCGAAGCCUGGCGCUUCCUAUAUCGGUCUCGAUGCCGGUGAACGUUGCGCCUCAAGAAACUUUGGCAGGACAGGGCGGCGCAGGCAUCGUCGAGAGAACCCCCCCCCCCUCCAGAGCGAGAUAGGGCAGAAACGGAGGCCCCGACGGCAAUAGGUAUAGCAGGGGUUUGGCCGCCCCUCCGCGGUUGUACUUCUUUUCACCCUGGUCCCAAGAGAUACAGCAUGAAGGCCGCAGUCCAGGCGGCGGUUCUUCAAGCGUUAAGCCAACAGCCCACAACAAGGAGGAGCCCUGAGCCCUGACCAGGCGCGUUACUCGAAGGUCGAAAGCCCGGUGUGGUGCCCUGCGGGGUGCGUGACAUACAUACACCGGUUGGUCUGGUGGUGGAAUUCUGGCGGUUGCCCCGGGUUUCUUUUUUUCUUCCAAUACGAGAGGAGAGAGGAGGAUAAGGGGGAGGGGGAGAGGGGCCGCUAAAGGCAGGGGAACUGCUCCAUCCAAAGAGAAUGUUUUUCAUGGUGCGAAGUGGUAACUAAACUAACGAAAUGGCGCAUGGCGAAAGAACAUUGAAGGUGACUAUGGCUAUUUUGUUUUUGCGGGAGAAGUAUGAACCAUCGAAGGGUCUUCGCGAGAAAGCCUGCCGAGGGUGAACACCUGUGUUUAGCCAUUUCGAGUAAAUAGACGAAUGAUGAGAGGAAAACGUAUGUCUAUAGACUAAAUGUGGCGGGAGAUGGUUUCAGUGAUAGGAUAUGCCUUACCAGGGGCGUUGAAAAAUGGUCGAAGAAAAUGCCUUAGGGCACUCUGCCUUCGUUGUUGUGUUUUACUUUGUUGACCACGCAGUCUUGGCUGCGUUCUAAGCUAUGAAGUUCCGUCGGGAACUCGAAUCAAUGGGUUAUUUGUGUGAUGUACGUGCCGUUUUCGGUUCGUUGUCGGGGAGAACCUAGGCUCGAACAAAAGUGUUGUACCUGUAUCACCCGCUGAGAGUGAAAGAGCGACAGCAGGAUGUGAUCGUUUUACUGAAUAGAUGGGAUCGAUCCGCGCGCUCAGGGGCCAGGGCGCUGUUUGGAGCGUUUGGUAGAAUCUGCAAGCCCUUGUCGGGCUCACGAGUGUACUUGAGGACUAUAGUAUCGCUGUUUCGCCGUCAGGUAUUGCGCCCGAGGGUUGCUAUUUGAGUCGAGAGGAAAGGAGAGCCCAAACGUAGGAAGGAGUGUUUUGUGGCUGUUGUUGCCGACGGUUGAUGACUAGCCUAUUGUAUAUCGAGUCAUUGCCCUUCAUCCGCAGGAGGGGGUCCAACCGCCUCCCUCCUAUGUGACCCCGGUUGGGUCGUCUAGCUGGUAGAAGUGGAGGAUAGGGGCCAGAGGGGCAGACGACAGAGUCGAAUGAUGGGAGACAAAACAAAAAACAAAAAUGCUGUCAUUUCCGUCCAUGUCCGAUAGUUCUACCCGAAUUCGUGGGGACAUUUGAAACAGUUCUAUACACUAGUCAGUGUGUGAUUACCUCCUCAACGGUACUCCCUACACUAAAUAGUGAGAACGUGUUCCCGGGAGAUGAAAUGUUUGUAAUUUUUUUGUUGACAACGGUCCGUAGACAAACAUUUUUUCGACCAUUAAAUUUGUACGUUUUUUUUUCUUGCAAAAAACUCAUCAUCAUAUUCAUUAUCUAAAUAUAGGGAUCCGGGAUAAGUAAGAAAUAAGUUCAUUAUCUUCUGGUGUUGUGUUGCGUGACAACCCUCGUUAAGAUGCCUUAACAUGUUCAAGGACUCUUGUUUGUAUCAACUUUAUAGCUGGGGGUUUUACUGUGGGUAGGGUGGGUGGGUUGGGAGUCGGGAAUCGCUUGACAUGGACUUCUUGUGUUUUCGAAGACCUCGCGUAGUACCUUUUCGAUCAAGGGAGCAAGAGAGAGCAAGAGAGGCAUCGAAGUUAAGCUGGAAGUGGCAACACAGAAGUUGGAGAGGAAGAAGAGAAGAACAGCGUACUCCUUGCAAAGCGUGAAAUUCGAGUGGACUCAACCCGUGUGUAGUUGUAAUGGCGCUAGACUCAAUUGUUGGUUGGAGUGCUGCAGUGUGUCUGCCGAGGCGCUUCAAUCGGUUGAGGACUGGAGUUACUUGUAUCAAGGGA